CCGGGUGACGUAAAUAUAAACAAACCGUACAGUCCCGCUGCUUAAGACACGGACACCUCAUUAACUAACUCCUAAUUAACGAACACCCAAUUUACUCAUUUAUAUAUCAGACAAACACCACCAGUCAUGCUCUGACACGUUAGGAUGUUUUAGUUUAAUUCAGAGUGACGGACUGAGCGGAAUGGAAAGACCAAACAUAACGACAACUCGGCGGAGGGACCUGCCGGAGAAACCCCAGAGGACCCUGCCUGCGAUGCCGAGCCAGGACUCAGCCGUAGAUCUCCCAGUCCCCAAGACUAAGAAGAAACGAUCGAAGAAGGUUCCCAGUGGGGUGGACAAUGUGGAGGACCCCGGGGUGGAGAUGGAGCGGGUCCCCAGCCAGGGGGCCUCCCCUCUGGGGGACGCCGUCACCCCCGACCUGGGCAGUGACGGAGGGGCCAUGCAGCGCAGGAGGAGGAAGAAGAAGACCCCCACCUUAGACCUUGCAGAGGACCAGGCUGAGCUGGUGAACGGCGACCGUCUGGACAACCUGACGGACGUGGAGACGGAGACGGUCAAGAAACCAAAGAGGAAGAGGAAGUCCAGGCAGGCAGAGCCCCUCCCCCCUGAGCUGGAUGUGGAGGAGGAUGACAUCAUCAGUGACUCCCCCCCCUCCAUCCCCCAGCAUGCACUGUUCUCGGCGCCGCUGGGCCAGAGCCAGCCGGUGGGGAAGGUCUUCAUCGAGAGGCACAAGCGUUUCCAGGCGGCAGACCGCUCCGGUGCUGUGCAGCGGUCCAGCGACCAGACCGAUGACCUCAUGGACCAGCAGCAGUACUGGACCACCAGGGACGUGGCCCUCAGGGUCCACGGGGGCUUCCGGGUGGUGGGUCUCUUCUCCCAUGGGUUCCUGGCGGGCUAUGCGGUCUGGAACAUGGUGGUGGUCUACGUCCUGGCGGGGAAGCACCUGACGGGGUCCCUAGACCUGCUGGUCCAAUACCACGGUCUGGCCUACCCCGCCCAGUCCCUCACCUACCUGCUGCUGGCCCUGAGCACUGUGGCCGCCUUCGACAGGGUGAACCUGGCGAAGGGCUCCUUGGCGCUGAGAGAGUUCCUGACCCUUGACCCCAUGGCGCUGGCCUCGUUCUUGUAUUUCUCGGCCCUGGUUCUGUCUCUCAGUCAGCAGAUGACCAGUGACCGGAUCAACCUCUACCAGUCCAACAGCAGCCUGUGGGUACCUGAUGUCCAUGGAGGUGGAACCGGCCGGACCAGAGUACAAGACGGAGAUGACAGCAUGAACACUCUCCUUGACCUACCUUUAAAGACCUUAAAUACCCUUUAUAGUCCUUUAAAUACCUUAACCUACCUUACCUUUUAGAUACCCUUUAUAGACCUUUAAUUACCUUUUAAAUACCCUCUAUAGACCUUUAAUUACCUUUAAAUAUCCUCUAUAGACCUUUAAUUACCUUUAAAUAUCCUCUAUAGACCUUUAACUACCUUUGCCUACCUUUUGAAGAACUUUUUCUACCCGUACCUUUUAGAUACCCUUUAACUACCUUUAUAGACCACAUCGUUUAUAGAUGCCAAUCUUGUAUAUUGUUUUGCACAUAGUUGAUUUUUUUUUUUACAGUAUUUUGCCACCUUGUGUUUUGCUUUAGUUGAUAUUUUGCACAGAGUUGAUAUUUUUACAGUAUUUUGCCACCGUGUGUUUUGCUUUGUAGCAGAUUAUUUUAUAUUUUUAGCAAGAUGAAGAUAGAAAUGCUUUUCUUUUUUAAAUACAAACAGAACAAAAAACCCUCAACACAUCGUUUGUCU